CUUACUUAAAAUAUUCAUCAAACAUUAAAUUAUUAAUAUACCUAGAAAAAUCAACAAAAAGUGUGAUAGACUGUAAAUGAUGGCUCUAUCCCGGAGGAACCCUCUCCCGCUUCCCCCUAUCCAGUAUGAAGAGCGGCUCUGGAGGCCUAUGGAAUGGAAGGGAUGCUACCCUGGCUGGCAGAACACAGUGUGUGCUCAUUGUCGUCUCAAUAUGAAUCACACCCUUGCCAGUGUCCGCUGGAACCAUCGUCUCCGAGGACCCCUGUGUCCCCAGCACUCCCUGGACCUUGGUCUGAGCGCCGUCUACACCCACGGGCCCGAGGUGUUCCCGGACAAGGGGGAUGUCAUCCGCCAGCCAGAGACUGUGGGUCUGCCAACCUGGCGGCUGAUGAAGAACAAAAGACACGACCCGACUCUGGUUCCAUACAAUGUCUCCAAGCUGGGUAUGCCUGCCACUUCCUCCUGGGACCUGUCCUCCUCCAGGUCGGUGGACGUACUCUCCGCCAGUCCCGGGAGUUCCAAGUUCCCUCGUUGUGUCGACCCCACCCAUCCCCUGCGGUACGGCGGACUACUGGAGAAGAGGAGCCCUUCUGCAGUCAAACUAGGGAUCAGUUCCCAUCAUAAUCCUCAGAGCAAUAAUGGUUACAGCAGAAAUAGCUAUGGGGCCUUCUAUACCUCGUGAAGAGUUUAAAUAAUUGUGUUAUAAAUUAAUGUGUUUAAUU